AUGCCUUGCAGUAGCAGUCCCAGUGCUUGCGCUUCGGGCUCCGCGUGGUUGCACUGCCUUGAUGUAUUGUCUUUGGCAAGGGAUUGUGUGUUGAGCGCGGAUGCUGUCGGUUGCAAUUCUGCCAUCCAGUGUUGCGGAUUGGCGAACUCCUGGGAAGGGUCAAUACGACUUCUUCAGGUUCUUGAGGGAAACUGCGGAUUCUCACAUAGAACGGCCUGUGAAACUAUCGCCUCGAUGUCGCACCGCUGGGAGCCAUCUCUGUCAUUACUCACAACGGCUGCAUUUGCAAACGUUGAACUGGAUACAGCCGUGUUCAAUGCUGCAUCGAGCGCUCUAGCAGGUGGUGACGAGUGGCAAGCAACGCUGCUGCUUGCAGCUGGACUUGAGUCGCUGGGACUCCAGCCGACGACAUCAACUCUGAAUGCAGUGGCCACGGCCAGUGCUCGAGGACGCGCUUGGUUUCUGGCAGUGAACGCCUUACAUCACCUGCCUGGCCUUGAAGAUCCGGCUGGGGUUGGUGCAGUCGUUCUCGCCUGCGCAGAGUCUGAUCAGUGGCGAAGGUGCCUUUCCCUUCUUCAAUUGCCGACGAUGUUGGGUUCAGAGUCCCUCCCGGCUCGCAAUGCAGCAAUAACAACCUUGGGGCGACAAGGCUUUGUCGUCAAGGCUGUCGUGGUUCUGAGGGAUGCCGCGCAAAUGAGGCUGAGGCCGACCUUGACUUCUUUCAAUGCAGCUUUGGAUGCGUUGACUUCGAAUGCUCUGGCCUGCUCAGAGAGUUGGUCCAGAGCCCUCAGCAUUCUGCAGGAUUUAAGAUCCGGCAGACUGCCGCCAGAUGAGUUCACGUAUCAGUUUGCGGUUUUUGCUUCGCAAGCAAGUGGAGUUCAUAGCAGUAUGCUGCUGGCACGGAGUUGGUUGGCGAAGGCUGCUAGCGCCUUCUGCCAGCGGCUGCGUGGAUCCCCUGGCAGUCACAUUGUCAUCUUGGACCUCCUUGAAGAGCAUGACGGUCUCUUCUCGUCGUUGGAGGCAGUUUUCCGCAAGCGUGUGCAGCCCACAUGGACAAGGCUUCAGAGGCUGUGCCAUGCAGCUGCAGCUGGCUCUUCAAGGCUAGCAGACAGUGUGCUGGAGGAUUUCUUUGGCCUGGAAGGACACUUCACGCGCCUGAUGCUUGGCUCAGUCUUCACAGCACCUGAAAAGGAGGCCAACUGGAUAUCCGCAGGCGCGCUUCAAGCUCGUCACUGUUUACAAGGCUUUUCUGUGCCAGUGAGGCGGGAUCCGGCUGCCAAGUCCUUGUGCUGUUUCAACAGCUACAGGCUGAGUUCCAACUUAUCAGAAGCAGCGGGAAGGCGCACAACAGGGCACAACGUCUUGCAGGGACGCCUUCUGCCG